AUGACAGAUCUUUACCGAGGAGACAUGUCCCAUCUGGAUGAAAAGCAGGACCUUUUGAGUAUCUCGCCAUAUUCUGGGAGUUAUGACCACCACUCCUCUCGCAGGAAACCUCGUUCCUUGGCGACCAGAUGUUUGACAUUGCUCUUCGCUCUGGUCCUACUCGUGGCGGGGUACGUGAUCGUUGGCCACGGACUCUCACUCUCGCGAGAGGUGGCCACGAAUGAUGAAGCCCGAGCCCGUCCAGGUUCAGACGCGUCGAACAUACCGGCAAGGCCCGCAGUCAAACAGGUCUCACAUCGUGUUCGGACCUGUGACACCGUCGACGGUGGCUAUCAAUGUUUCCCGCAGCUGUCCCAUCGAUGGGGCCAGUAUUCGCCAUACUUUUCUCUUGCCAACACUGGCCUUCCCAGUGAAGUGCCCGAGAAGUGCGAGCUCACCUUUGUCCAAGUCUUGUCUCGUCAUGGCGCACGGUAUCCCACGGCGUCCAAGAGCAAAAAGUACAAAUCUCUCAUUCAGGCCAUCCAAGCCAACGCGACAGCCUACAACGGUCAAAGUGUAUUCCUGCGUGCCUACAACUAUACGUUGGGAAGCGAGGAUUUGACCUCCUUUGGCGAGCACCAGAUGAUCAACUCCGGGAUCAAGUUCUACCAGCGCUAUGCGGCCCUGACUCGCGACCACGUCCCCUUUAUCCGCUCUUCAGACUCAUCGCGUGUGGUCGCCUCGGGUCAACUGUUCAUUCAAGGCUAUGAACAAUCCAAGGCACAAGAUUGUGAUGCGGAUCACAGUCAAGAUCACGCAGCCAUCAAUGUGCUGAUCUCCGAAGCCCCCGGUGCCAACAACACCCUCAAUCACAAUACCUGCGCGGCCUUUGAAGCCGAUAAGCUCGGCGACCAGGUCUCGGCGAAAUACACGGCUCUCAUUGCACCCCCUAUGGCCCAACGCCUACACCACGAUCUCCCAGGCGUCACCCUCACCGACGACCAAGUCAUCUACCUCAUGGACAUGUGCGCCUACGACACCGUCGCAACCACCCCAGGCGCGACCUCCCUCUCACCCUUCUGCGCCCUCUUCACCGACACCGAGUGGUCCCAGUACAACUACCUUCAGUCCCUCGGCAAAUACUACGGUUACGGCGCCGGCAACCCCCUCGGUCCAACCCAAGGCGUGGGAUUCAUCAACGAGCUCAUCGCCCGCAUGACUCAUUCCCCCGUCCACGACCACACCACCAGCAAUCGCACCCUCGACGCACCAGGCGCAGACUCGUUCCCCACCAACCGCACCCUCUACGCGGAUUUCACCCACGAUAACGGCAUGAUCCCCAUCUUCUUCGCCCUGGGCUUGUACAAUGGAUCAGACCCGCUGCCGCUCGAUCGCAUCGUGCCUGCCACACAGGCGGAUGGAUACUCUGCCGCGUGGCGGUGCCGUUUGCGGCGCGCGCCUAUAUCGAAAUGA